GCGGCAGUAGCGGCGCGCUCUGAUGUCGUCACUCCUAAGUGCGUCGUCGGCUUUAAGUGAGGACGCACUACGGCGGCUGAAGAGAGAAAUGUGGGCGCGGGCGGUGAAGCUGGGCUUUCGGUCCUGGGUGGGCUGGCGCCGGGGCUUCACCUCCAAGGCGGAUCCUCAGCGUAGUGACAGGGUCACGGCCGAGGUGAUCGAACACCUGGAGCGUCUAGCGCUUGUGGACUUCGGCAGCCAAGAGGCCGUAGCACGGUUGGAGAAAGCCAUCGCCUUUGCCGACCGGCUCCGCGCCGUGGACACGGACGGGGUGGAGCCCAUGGAAUCAGUACUGGAGGACAGAUGUCUAUACUUGAGAUCUGACAAUGUGGUAGAAGGCAACUGUGCUGAAGAACUACUACAAAACGCCCAUCGAGUUGUGGAGGAGUAUUUUGUAGCCCCCCCAGGUAAUAUCUCUUUGCCAAAGCAGGAUGAUCAAGAGCCUUUUUCACACAUCUGAGUAGCUAUUCUGGGAAUGGGUACCCUGUGAACACGUGGAAGCCCAAAGAUAGUAUUUUGUUACUGUGAACAGUAAUAUUCCAACUUUCUUCAGUCACCUGAAAAAAACUGAUGAUUAAGUAUUUUUUAAUAACUCUCUGAAGACAAAAUUGGGAAAUAAUCUAGCCAAAACAAGGCAAUGAGUUCCUACUGCUACUGGAAGAGGUAUUGUUACUUUCCAAGUAUUUAUUCACAGACUAUUCAGUAUGUAAGAUGUUAUCCUCCUUUAUCUCCUCUAGAGACUAUCUACCAAACUGCACUUAAGUGAAUUUUUCUAUUGAUGUAACUAUUAGACAGUGCAUCUGAUCACUAUGUGACAACGUGUGUUGUACUUUUAGUUGCUGUUUCUGUCAAUCCAAGAACCCUUGUAUCUUUACCAAACAAAUUCAGAUUUGUCCCUGGGUACCUACUUUGUUCCCACAGAAGGCUAACUUUCUCCUAAGGUGUGAAGAGUAUUCAAAGUAGACUCUACAGCU